AUGAAUUCACAGACAUUCCCUCUUCUAAUACCCGAAGACACGGAAGGAUCCUCUUACCUUGGAUUUAUCACUAUAAAGGGUCUAGAGAUUCCUUUCGGUAUACAUAUCGACCAACGUAAUGCGAGCAAUCUAAAGAACGCGAGCUUACGAGGAAGCCCCGAGCUUUGUAGGCUAGUGGCUGGACAGGAACACCGACUGGAACAGUGCUCCACGCUGGAAGAAUUCUUGAUUGAUCUGAAAGAUCUACUUGAACAAAUAGUAACAAAGGAUGAAAACGAACUAAUGUGCUCUAGUACAUAUUAUUCUACCUUAUUGGAAGAACUAGACGCGAUUGGAUGGGAUAAGUUGCAAUCGAUUGACCAUGCGCUCAAGAAUAUAUCGCUUCGGAUAAAUGAUUCGUCAGGCAGACAGCAUACAAUAAAGGUCGUACUGCCUUCUUCCUACCCAUCCGAUCCACCUGUCGUACAUGUCGACUUGCCGACAUCGAUAUCAGUUUCGUUGCAUAGCAAAUCUGGUCUACGGAAGAUGAUAUCAUUAUUUCAGGAGGAAGUCAAACAGUUUCAAGAUCUUUGGCUGUUGUUGGAAGACUUUGAUAAUCAUACUUGGGUAUUGGAACCAGAUAAGCCCAAGCGGAGUGAUUUAAUGCGAAGAAUAGCACUUGGCAAUCAUUGUUCGUUACAGAUUGAUGUUGAUGUUAAGAAUCCAAGAGGAAUCUGCGAGUGUAGACUAUUUGGAAGUGAGAAGACGGUUGGUCCACUGCAAGAUCGUUUGAAUAAGAAUCUUAUGACGUGGGAUCAGUCAUUGACGAUUCGUCAAAAUUUGGAAGCCAUAUUAGAGAUGAAAUUCCCUUCGCCAUUGACCACUUCAAAAUCGGAAUUCAACGUUGAGUGCGGAAUCUGCUAUUCUUAUAGAUUGAACGAUGAAAUUCCGUCGCAAACAUGCAGUAACGACAAAUGUGGACAGCCGUUUCAUCGAGCUUGUUUGUAUGAGUGGCUGCGUGCAAUUCCCACUACUAGACAGAGUUUCAACAUGUUAUUUGGUAAUUGUCCUUAUUGUGAUGAUAACAUUACGACGAUGAUUGUAGAAAAAUGA